AUGCUCUCGACCUGUGACUACGACGCUCUAGUUCUCACUGAAACGUGGCUUCGUGCGGACAUUUCAGAUUGUGAGCUAUCCUCUGAGUAUCAGUUCUUUCGCUGCGACCGUAAUCCAGUUACCAGCCAAUUUUCCAGAGGAGGUGGUGUACUUAUCGCGGUAAAAUCCAACUACUCGUGUGCUGUAGUACCGCUUGAGGACUGUGGCCAUCUCGAGCAAGUGGCUGUGCGCAUUAGUCUGCUGUACAGAACACUAUACAUCACAGCUAUCUACUUGCGCCCCCUCUCCAGUCCGGCUCUCUACACGUCUCAUACCAACGCGCUACAGACGAUCAUGGAUGGAUGUUCGAGUAAAGAUGUAAUCUUGGCACUAGGCGACUACAUCCUCCCGCCUUUGAGUUGGGUCAUCGAUGAGAACAUGAACGGCUAUUUACCAUCUAACGCAUCUACGGAACAGGAACUGGCACUUACUGAACCGAUGCUAAGUUUGGGAUUAACUCAAGUGAAUUCGCUUCCAAAUUCGAACGGCAGACUUCUCGACUUGGCGUUCAUAAGUGAACCGGACAUCGCGAAUCUUCUAGAGCCUGCGGUCCCGUUAUUGGCAGCCGAUGAACACCACAAGCCCUUUGUUUUAAACAUGGACGCCCUCUACAGUCCGGCCAACUUCUCUGACUAUGCGUCUCUUCCACCUGAAUUGAAUUUCAGGUUGUGUAACUUUGACUCGUUGAACAACAUACUGUCCUCUAUUGACUGGCUUCAACUGCUGGAAGGAGGCUCGGUCGAAGUUAUAGCUGAUCGUUUCUACGACAAAUUGUAUGAAGUUCUUUAUGCGCAAGUUCCCCUCAAACGACGUGUAGUGAAGCCAAUUCCGACGCAACCUUGGUGGACCUCUGAUUUACGCAACUUUCGGAACGUACUGCGGAAGGCACGCAAACGCUAUUUGAGCACAAGAUCAACAGAAGAUAAAAAUAGUCUCAGAUUAACAGAAACAAAUUACAACGCAUUAUUGAGGUCCAGGUACGGAGAAUAUAUACAACGAACUCAAGCAAAUCUUAAGCGAAACCCAUCGGCAUUUUGGAAUUACGUGAAAUCGCAUCGCUCAGGCAAUCGCAUCCCGGAUACAAUGGAGUUCGAUGGAAUCACUGCCAGCUCGGCGAUUAGCGGCGAUGUCGCUAAUCUGUUUGCGAGCUUCUUCCAGACAGUGUACAAUUCAACUUCACCGCCUUUGCACGGUGCAAGCUUCGAUCGCAUACAGGAGCACAAUCUGAAUAUGCCAACGUUCAAUUUCUCUCCGGAUGAAGUCUUGAAAGCCUUGCGUGAUCUAGAUGCAUCAAAAGGGCCUGGAGUCGAUGGCAUUCCUCCAUCUCUGCUGAAACACUGUGCUCACUCACUCGCUUUUCCCGUCUCUUGCAUAUUCAACCGCUCGUUGAGGGAAAGAAUUUUUCCCACCGUUUGGAAAAAGGCCUCAAUAGUACCAAUUCACAAAGCGGGUAAUCGGAAUCACGUGAAGAACUACCGUGGAAUAUCACUUCUCUGCUGCUUCAGUAAAGUCUUCGAAAAGUUAGUGCACAACGCUUUGUACAAUGUGGUGCAUCCACUCAUAUCGGAGUUCCAGCAUGGUUUCGUCCAGCAUCGGUCCACAACAACGAAUCUGCUUUGCUACACAAAUAUAUUGUUUCGUGAAGUCGAAGCUCGUCGGCAGGUCGACUCCAUCUACGUCGAUUUUUCAAAAGUAUGCAUGUAA